AUGGGACAACUUAAUUGCAAAAGAUGCAGUAUUGGUACAUUUGUGUCUGAAACGCGACGUCCUGGGACAACUUCUACGGACUGCGUGGCAUGUCCAUAUGGUAACUGAUGUUUUGUCUUUGAGACACUCUUAAAACUUUUCACCAUCAGAACCUCUCUCUUCAAGACAUUCCAUGUUUAUUUUAUAGCGUUGCAGGAAAAAGAAAAUGUCUCUUCUCAAUCCAAAACAGGAACGGCUGGCAAAUUAAUUUCUCGCCAGUUUGAGUACCGCCGAACUUCAUUUUGUGUCCGCAAGUAGGACUUAUCCUUGGAGCUAAUUCCUAACUAACUGUAAGCAAGGUUAGUUUUGUGCCUUUGUAAGAAAUGUAAAUAACCUAUUUAUCUAAAUUGCAGGUACUCUCUCCAACGAGACUGCGGAAUAUCGAGCAUGCAGAUGCCUUCAAAACUUUUAUCGGUUGGAUCGUUUUGGCCCGUGCUCAGCAUGUCCACCACACGGUUUUGUUUGUGAGAAGGAUACAGCGAUACUUGCUCCCAACUACAUCUGGAAAUGGUCAAAUCAGUUUGAAAAAGAACUCUUCAAAGGUUUUGUUAAUAACAUCCACUCUUCUAAGCCAGAUUACGACACGUCAUAUUCUACGUUUAAUACUUUACUUCCAAAGCCACUCAAAUGUCCUUAUGCCAAGUCUUGCGAGGGUGGAAUCGACUCUGAAUGCCACCAUGGAUAUAAAGGAGUUUUGUGUGCAACCUGCUCUAAAGGCUUUUACUUCCGAUUUCACACUUGCUUGAAAUGUACUCGGUUAACUGUAACAGUUACUUCUUCCAUCUUGGUAAUUUCUCUUUUUUUUGCUGUGUUUCUAAUGGUUCUUUGGGGUGACUCCAAACGUGCAGAGAAUAACCGGACAGUUGCAGAUGUCGUCAUGUCGUGCUUUAAGAUUGUGAUUGGUUUUUACCAAGUCAUUGCUGGAAUCGUCUCGGCAUUAGCGAAAGUCCAGUGGCCAGUCAUUUUGAUCUCAACGGAGAAGGUUCUAAAAGUGUUUGAAGGGAACAUCUUGCAGUUUGCGCCACUAAGCUGCAUUCAUUCUUCCUUGCGUCUCGAUGAGCUCGGAAAGUUCACAGUGAUCGUUGCUUUGAAUGUCCUACUUGUCGGCUUGAUUUUCCUUUAUCUUUUCGUUAAAAGACGCUACAUUAUAAACACAACUGACCGAGCCGAUAGCCAAAAAUUAAGGGAAAUUAAGAGUUUAAAGAAAUCUUGCUAUCGGAACAUUUUCCCAUUGUUGUUGACGACCUACCCCACGACGAGCAAAUCGAUUAUUCAGAUUCUGCCUCUUCCUGGUGCGUGUGUAGAAACGUGUUUCUCUAAAGAAAAGCUCGACUGUAUCUUCCUGCUGAGAGCUGACUACUCCAUCCAGUGUUUCACUCCUCGCCACAGCUUGUAUUGGCUCAUGGCCUCUAUUCUGGCAUUAUAUCCCGUAGGAUUUCCACUUUUGGCUUUGUUUCUCACUUACAAAUAUCGUGAGUCCCACGAAAACGAAGCAGUCUCUUUCGGGCUCAGAGUGUUCUUUGAAAACUACAAGAAGAAAUUUUGGUUUUGGGAAGUCAUAGAGAUGUACCGCAAACUGAUAUUGAUCUCAUUGAUUUUCCUAUUUGGAUCUAAAAGCCUUCCUCAAAUCGGUCUCACAGUUCUGACAGUCAGCGUCUUUGGAGUGCUCUACACCGUAUUCCGACCAAUCAAGGACAAGUUUGAAGACCGCUUACAAACAUUUGUUCUUUGGAUAAUUUUCUUUGACGUUUGUCUGGGUGCAGUUUACACAAACUGGGAUGAGAGUCAAGGAGGGGACAAGAACGACUCCAUCUUUGUAAAUGUCCUGUUCGUGGUCCUUAACGUCUCUGUAUUGUUAAUUGCCAUUGGUAAGUCAUAG